AUGGCACCAUUCGAGGCUUUAUAUUUUAGGAGGUGUUGUUCUUCUAUUGGGUGGUGUGAUGCUUUUGAGGUUCAACCUUGGGGUACAAUUUUGCUAAAGGAGUCUUUGGACAAGGUGAAGCUUAUUCAGGAAAAGCUUCUGGCAGCUCAGAAUUGGCAAACGGUUUUUCUGAGGGUUUCACCCAUGAAGGGUUUUAUGCGAUUUGGGAAGAGUGGAAAGUUGAGCUCGAGGUACAUUGGUCCAUUUGAGAUUCUCCGUCGUAUUUGUGAUGUUGCUUAUGAGUUAGCUUUGCCACAAGGCUUGUCAGGUGUUCAUGCAGUAUUCCAUGUUUGUAUGAUGAAGAGGUACCAUUCUGACGGGUCUUAUAUCAUUCGUCGGGAUUCUGUAUUGCUUGAUAAGAAUCUGUCUUAUGAGGAAGAGCCUAUAGCGAUCUUAGAUAGGCAUGUUGGAAAGUUAAGGUCCAAGGAGAUAGCUUUUGUUAAGGUGCAAUAUAAGAAUUGUCCUAUUGAGGAGGCCACAUGGGAGACCACGUCCGAUAUGCGUACAAGAUAUCCCCAAUUGUUUGCUGACUCAGACUUUGAGUACUUGGAGGCUCUCUGGAAAGUUAAGGUGAAGGUUUGA